AAAGCUUGUGAUCAGAUGGCCAACCUCGAUUAUCCUAGCAGCGUCAUGAGCAGAGAAAAAAUGUUAAAAAACAAUUUGCUGGAAAUGGUACCAAAAAUAAAAAAACCCGCAAAAUCACUUGGAAAUUUUCGCAAACUUCCAAGAGAACUAUUGUAUACUGUUUUCGAUUAUAUCGAAGUUGAAAGUUUGGGACAAUUUUGUCUAACAUCUCAUGCUUUUAAUUAUUUGAUUCGGUGUUACUUAGUACGAGAAAGUUCAAGACGACGAUUUUAUUUUGAAACUAAGGAUUUGGAGGAAACUUUUGAAGGAUGUGAUCAGUUUUCUGCUUGGGGCAAACUUUUCAAAGCAGCUACAGCCAUACUGGAUCAUCAGAAGUGUUGUUCUUUUGUAACCUACUACUUCAUCAAAGAUUUGAACAUCAUUAAUUGGUUUGGCUGGAAUCGUUGCUUCAUGACUAUCUGUGGCAAUUGGAAAUUUGAAGAUCGCGCAUUAUUUUUGCAUAUGGUACUCGAGGUCACUGAUUUGUACAAAUCGAUAGAUACGGUUUUGUUGGAAGAUGCAGGAAAAUACCCACUGUUAGAAAUGAAGGUUCGCAAUGCUUUGCGAUUUGGUUUCCUGGAUGGUCCUUUUCAAAAAGAUCUUGAAGUGGGAUUUUGGAUUUCUGCUAUUUUAAAUACACAGGAAACAAUAGAACGCAAAACUAGACUGUUUAUUCUUAUGUACGGACCAUUGCAAGACAUAGAUGGGACCAGUAGCCCAAACAUUUUAGUAAUUAUUCAUUGGAGACUGCUGGUUGAUCGAAAUAUUGAAUCACCAAAUAUAUGUGCGAACAUACUGCGUCCAAUCUCACAUGCUUUUGACUGCUUGAUACAGACUUCAGCUAUUGAACGUUACUGUUGGAAUGAAGACCAAAUUUUUGAUCUGCUCGAAGAGAUAUCAAACGAUCGACUUUUGUUUAUAACCGCAUUGCUAGUAGCUGAUUCCAAUGGACAGACCGAACGAGCUUCACCUUCUGAUGAGUAA